CAUCCUGCAGGAGCUUUCUCUUCAGAUGUCCAACAGCAGUAACGCCUCCAUGACUAGGGAUGACAGCAGGUGCCCAGUCCUACAAGUGGGACAGUACUCCACCUUGGCUCUCCCUCUUCGAUAUCUCCUCUCAGACGGCUUUGCAGAUGAGUUCAGUUUACUGGUGCAGCUGCGGAGUUCUCAGAAAGUUGAAUGCAGUGUCUUCACCAUGCUCGGCCCCGACAACCACAUUAUGCUGCAGCUGCGGAUCAGCGCUUACGCCAUCAUCUUCAUAGGAACACAGCAGCGACACUAUGAGUUCCCAGUCAGCGGUCUCUCUGAUGGAAAAUGGCACCAUGUGGCCAUCAGUGUGUCUGCCAAACGGCUGGCGCUGUAUGUGGACUGCUCCCUGCUGGAGAGUGUGGAGUGGGUGUACCACGGCAUGGGGAUUAGCACUGACGGGCUGCUCAUGGUUGGAGGCAUCAUCGAGGGCUUUGAGACUCCAUUUGAAGGUCAUCUCCGACAGCUGACCUUCCUGAUGGACGACCCAGACGCCGCCCAGAAACACUGCAGCCACCACCCACCCCGCUGUGGUGAGAUCGCCCCCAAGCCUCCUCGCUCCUCACGCACUGACAAUGCCCUGGAGAAUUUACUGCUGUCCUCAAAUGACCUGGAAGACCUGCUGGGGGAUCCCAAGGACAAGACAUUUUUAAGCUUCAGCAGAACCAAUAUGUUCUUGGCCCGAGGGAGUUCUCGAGGGGAUGGGACAGUGCCUUCAGGAUCCAAUCGGAAAGGUUCAAUAGGUCGUGGGGAUGUCUUUGUGGUAGACGAGGACACUGACUUGUUGGAUCCAGUCUUCCAAAAUGGUGGACAAGUCAACCCUCAGUGGAAACCUUCCAGAAAUGGACUUAAGGGAAGCCAGAAGGGAAAGCCUGACACGUCCUCUAAACAGUUUGAGGAGAACAUUACCACGGAUAAGAAGGCCAGCUCUGGUGGGCGGACUUCAUCGCUGUUCCCCGGAAAACCAUCCGGUGACAUCAUUGACCUCGACAUCGCAGGUGUACCUAAGAAGCCCUCAGUGGAAUUUCAUGUACCUAAGAUCCCAUCAGUUCCCAGAACAUCCACAAACUCUGGGACAUCAGCAAAGACGGGAAUCCAGAAGCAACCAGACAAGGAGCGCCCUGCCACUGUUACCGUUGUAUCCAGAAAUGGAGACCUAGUCCUGGGUUCAGAUGGCAAAAUGUACCGUCUCCAGAGAGGACCACCGGGCCGAAUGGGUCGCCCAGGGCCAGAGGGCUGUCCUGGUGAGCCUGGCCUGCCUGGGUUUAAAGGUGAUAAGGGGAAGUUGGGCCCUGAAGGGCGUCCGGGAAAAAUGGGGCAUCCAGGACCUCCUGGACCAGCAGGUUUACCAACACUCUACCUGUGGAAGAACACAUUAGAGGAAUGGACUGCCUUUCAGCAAACCAGUUUCUACCAGUUACUCCGUGCUGGUUGGCCUAGUAAAGAAGGCCCUGCAGGACCACCUGGAGAGAUGGGCAAGCCUGGCAUGCAGGGACCACCCGGUGCCACUGGGGAGCGAGGACAACCAGGGAUGCCAGGAGAGAUGGGCGAGUGGGGUCUCAGGGGCCCUGUAGGACAAGCAGGGGCUCCAGGGAGAGAUGGGGAAGAUGGAGAAGAUGGUCAGCCCGGGCCACCUGGUGCUGCUGGAUCCCCGGGCCCGUGGGGAUACAGGGGAGAACGAGGGUCUAAAGGGGAGAAAGGUGACGAGGGUCUCGUUGGCUUCAAGGGUCCAAGAGGAGACAUUGGCGAACCUGGUGAGAAGGGCUCUACUGGUUUACCAGGCCCACCUGGUCCUGUUGGAUCACCAGGGCCUCAGGGGAUCCGAGGUGGAUAUGGGCCAGAGGGGCCCCGUGGGCCUGAUGGCGAGAGUGGACUGGAUGGCCCUCCAGGUCUGCCAGGGCCGACGGGUGCAACAGGAAUAACAGGACGAGUUGGUGCUCAAGGAGUUAAUGGCUCAAGGGGGGACAUGGGACCUGCUGGCAGUGUUGGUCCCAAAGGCCCACAGGGGCCCCCAGGUUUGGAGGGACAGAUUGGACCUCCAGGACUCAGAGGAACUCAAGGGCAUCCAGGACUGAUUGGUGCUCCUGGACCUAAAGGAGAUCCUGGGCCUGUUGGGCCCAUGGGGGCUCGAGGGGAUCCCGGCUUCGAGGGGCCCAUGGGUGCUGUAGGGACACAGGGUCCUGUGGGUUUCCCUGGGGUUACAGGUAACAGGGGACCAGACGGGGACAAAGGGGAACCAGGACCAAAAGGCGACAAAGGUGUUCAGGGAGCAGCAGGUAUUAGGGGACCUCAGGGAGAGAGGGGCCCCAGCGGCUUACAGGGUUUCGCUGGCAUCAAGGGCCAGCCUGGCCCCAGAGGCACUGAGGGCACAAAUGGAGAAACUGGUCCUCAGGGGAAACAGGGCAGCCGCGGGUUAAAGGGAAACAGGGGACCAGAUGGACGUUACGGCAAACCAGGACCCAGAGGGAACAAGGGUCGGACUGGGCAGAGGGGCCCCACUGGCCAACCAGGUCCAUCGGGUUUGCCUGGGCCACCUGGACCAGAGGGAGCAGAAGGAAAGCCUGGUACACAGGGUCCUGCAGGAGCAGCUGGCAGUGCUGGCAGUAAAGGACUGACGGGUUUUCAAGGAAUUGCUGGAGAGAGGGGAGCAGAUGGCCCGCCAGGUUCUCUGGGGCCACCAGGGAAACCAGGACCUCCAGGAUCACCAGGACCCCCUGGAGAAAAGGGUUUCACAGGGAAGCCGGGUGUGGAGGGACCUCAGGGCCCAGUAGGCAUGUAUGGGAUCCAGGGGAACGUGGGCAUGCGUGGGCCCCCAGGGUUCAUAGGAGAAAGGGGAGAGCCCGGUUUGCGAGGUUUACCUGGACCUGUUGGGAAGCCAGGACCUGCAGGUCUACCAGGUCCUGCUGGAGAAAGGGGACCCCGGGGACCUCCGGGUCGGCCUGGAGAUGAAGGAUCCAAAGGGAUACAGGGUCCACCAGGCCCUCCAGGUCUCCCAGGUGGUGAUGGCACAGCUGGAAAACCUGGACCCAGGGGAAGCCAAGGGCCCCCAGGACCUGAGGGGGCACAGGGGCCAGCAGGAAUCCCAGGCCCACAGGGUGCUGACGGGUUAUUAGGAGCAGCAGGAGAAAAAGGACCCAAGGGUUUACCUGGCCUGCCUGGUGACGUUGGCCCCACAGGACAAGAUGGACAACAGGGUCUCCCUGGCCAAACAGGAAAUGAGGGCCCACCUGGACAGAAAGGAGACCAGGGGGACCAGGGGGCCUGUGGGAAACUUGGUCCUCCAGGGAUCCAAGGAGACAGGGGUCUUGAGGGCCCAAAAGGUUCACAGGGACCACCUGGACCAGACGGUAAAGAGGGUGAUGUCGGGCAUCCUGGUGAGGUUGGAGAUCCUGGACCCCAAGGAGAGAAGGGUGAGGUGGGACCUCUAGGAUUGUCUGGUCGAGAAGGCCCCUGGGGAGACCUUGGAGAAAAUGGCGAAAGAGGUCCAAAGGGUGAGAAGGGCCACAUUGGACUGAUGGGUGAGCCGGGGCUGAUGGGUGAAUUGGGACCUGCAGGUCUGGCGGGGUUGAAGGGAGUCACAGGCCCUCGGGGACUCUCAGGGCCAGACGGACCUCAGGGCCAGAAGGGGGAGUCUGGGCCUGUAGGAAUUACUGGACCCCCAGGGUCACGAGGCCCUCAGGGAAUAACUGGUGCUCGUGGUGUCAGAGGAGACGCAGGGGGGCUGGGGCCGCCUGGUCCUGUUGGACCAGUUGGACCCCAGGGAGACCUGGGAGCUAAUGGGGACGGAGGGCCACAGGGAGAGAAGGGAGAGCCAGGAGCUCCAGGAGGACCAGGGGAACAGGGUGAGGAGGGUCUGCCAGGAAUCCAAGGUCCUCCAGCUCUGCCUGGGUUAGAGGGGCCUCCUGGAGAGAUAGGACCCCAGGGUCCCCCAGGUCCGGCAGGGGCUCCUGGAGGUCUGGGGAGACCAGGACCUGAGGGGAAACAGGGCAUGGUAGGGGAGAAGGGAGACGAUGGCAAGAACGGACCACCGGGGAGGACGGGUCAUGUUGGACGGAGGGGGAAACGGGGAAAGGCUGGAGUCAGAGGGGCCAGGGGAGACAGAGGACCUAAGGGCCAGAAGGGAGACACAGGACUGGUGGGCCUCCCUGGAUGGCCAGGGCUCAUCGGAAUCCCAGGCUUGCGUGGAGAGCCAGGAGAUCAAGGCGAAAAGGGGAAAGAGGGUGAGAAAGGAGACAUGGGACUACCUGGACCGCCUGGAGCUGAUGGCAUGAAGGGUAUUCGUGGUGCUGUUGGGUUUCCUGGUCCAGUGGGCACAAAGGGCGAGCAGGGAAAUAUUGGUCUAUCAGGACCGAGGGGAACACCGGGGAUGCCAGGAAUGCCUGGUUUGUUUGGAUUAAAGGGUUUGAAAGGAUACCAAGGUUUCCCUGGUGUGCCCGGCAGGAGGGGGCUUCCAGGUCCACCAGGGGUCCCAGGACCCCCAGGACAGUCACUGAACAUGACACUAACUCAACUCAAGGACCUGAUGUAUGUGUCCGAUAAGCCCAACUACCCUCUGAUCCAAACUCUGCUAGAUUCUCUGCAACAGGAGCUCCGGCUGCUGGUGGAUCCUCCUGACGGCAGCAAGGAGCAUCCUGCCACCACCUGUCUGGAGCUCUGGCUCUGUCACCCUGAAUACAGCAGCGGAAUGUAUUACAUUGACCCCAACCAGGGCAGCACAGCGGACGCUCUGCUGGCCUACUGCAGCUUCUCUCCCACAUCAAAACAGACCUGCCUUCAUCCUCAAGACUCUCAGUUUCCUAUGAAAGCCUGGAUGGAAGAAUUUUCGGAAGAAGGAUCUUUUGAGUGGCUUAGCAGGCUGGAGCAGGGCUUUCAGUUUUACUAUCCAGGUGCAAAUGUGGUCCAGAUGCGUUUUCUGAGGUUGCACAGCAGCACGGCCUUCCAGAACAUGACCUACUCCUGCCACCCAGGACACAGACUGGGGCAGACAGACAGAGAAGUCAAAUUCCUCACUGACACAAGGAAGCAAAGUUACCUCGGAGCACUGAAAGACUGCGUGCCUGGAGAGGAGACCGUUUCUGGAGCCCGGGAAUCUGUGUUUGAGUUUGAGGACCUCCAUCUGCUUCCUCUGAGAGACAUAGCAGUAAUGGGAGGUGGAAACUUCACACACCAGUUUGGCUUCACUGUGGGGCCUGUGUGUUUCAGCUAGAGGUGCGAGAAAGCGGUGCCGUCCCAGAACACUCACAGAUCCAGGACACAAACCUCUGUUCAAAUCAUGGACGCCCAGAGGACAACAGGAGCAUCUCUUCCAGUUUCUGAAGAUGUCACUUCCUUUUCCUCUUGUUUUGGGGGAUCUCUCGUUGAUCUCUCGAGUUGAGUGACUCCGUAUUCAUGAAUUUGAGAGGACACAAGGCUUUUUUUUUUCCACGGAGAAGUCAAUUUUGUUUACAGAGACGUUUAUCUUGUAUUGAAUAAUUUAAAAAUGUAUGUUUUUUUUAAUCCUUUUAUAUACAAUGUUUUUUUUUCUCUGUUUGAUUUUUGUUAUGUAUUUUGGGCUUCUGUAAUAGCCUGCUCAUUGUGUAUAUAAAAGCCAGACUGUCCUUACUGACCUCUUAAAGGAAUAAUUCACCCACAAAAUGAUCAUUUGUAUAUCAGUUGCUUAUCCUGUGUUAUGUCUAAUUUGUGAUGCAGACUUUGGUUUUCUCGCAUCCCUUCACAGAGGAAGAAUCCAAAAAAAGAGAACAUUCUUGAUGAAUUGAAGUGAAAGGGGGCCGUGUUUAACAAUAGUACAACUAUAUCAAAACAUCUAUUUACAGACUCUCACAUGCAUUAUAAACCAGGUUUCAUCAAUCCAGUAAUAUGCUCAGUAUUUCCCAAACACAUGCAUUUUUGCUAAAAACUUACUAUUCAAAGCACUUGGGUAAGCAUGUGUGUGAGACUGUUUAUGGGCCAUUUGUAUGUGAAAGUGUUUUAAAUAGUAAGGCUAAAGAGAAAAUAUGUGGAAAGUUCUGAGCGUACUAGUAGACUUGCUGAGCAUUCCAAUCCCCAUACCACCAUACUAUAUAGUAUGCCAGAGAAAGAUUUAGUAUGUCCCGAUACAUAAUAUGUCAAAUGCAGUCUGCCAAAAAUUCCAGGUUUUUCUUCGACAUCCAGUCCGAUUUCACAGUAUGCAAGCCAGCAUGCUUUUCUGGCUAUUCUGACCCACAGUCCUCUGCACAGAGAUGUCACAUCAACUGUCAAGAAUCGCAAUGAUGGAUGACAGCGCAUUAAGCUGACUGAUGAUCAGUCAGUUAGUAAUAAUAGGAAUAUUAAUUGCAUAUGUAUGAAAUAACAAUGACAGAGAAAUAUAUAACCUAUGUCAUUUUAUUAUGGUGAAUAUUUUAGACUCUACAGCGUGUGCAGUUAUUGCUUUUUGCAGAAUAACAGCAUCAGAACUCUCUCUGGCGAGCUUGGUGAACGGCGUUUAGUUUUUGUCUCCAUGGUAUAUGAGUAAGAGGAUCAAAGUUCAGGGCGUAAUAUUAUGAGGAGGUAAUAUGUCCUGAUUGUGUUCAAACUGCUUGCAACAGUACGUACUUUUUAAGGGCAGCUGCAGUACCUAUUAAAUGUAAAAAGAAAAAAUAUGCAAUUCAGAACGCACCCUUGGAUUUCAAAAAAAUACUUUUAUUUCAGUGGAGUCUGGCUUUAAAGAGAGCAAGUUUCAGUUGUAGUACAGUUCCUCAUCAGAAAGGUCUGUCUGUAUGGGACGUACUCAGCAUACGAUUGGAUAAAUGAGACUUAGAUUACACUGCAUUGCUUGUGUGGGAGAUACUUAACCUGACCUUUUGAUAUAGUUGUGCUGUUGUUAAACACGGCCCCCUUUUUACUCUAAUUCAUCAAGAAUUUAGUCUGAUUUUGGAUUAUCCAUUGACCAUGGAGAUGUGAGAAAAAUAAAGUUUCCUUUAAGUAUUCACUGUAACACUGGUUGAAUAAUUGACAUACAAAUGAUCAUUUUGUGGGUGAAAUAUUCCUCUAACAAUGUGUUCUGCAUGGGGACACAGCUACUGUGGUCCCAUUGGCCAUAUGUGACCAGGCCAGUAAACCUUCUCACUGUAAGUUUAGUACUGUAAGUGACCUCAGAUGUGUCACUUUUCUCAAGGUGAUGGUCAAAUUUUAUUUUAAAGACCCAAAACAGUAGAGGGGGACAGUCAUAUUAUGUUGUGUGUACUUGAUGUCAACAGCAAGACCAAAUUUCCUCAGUUUGUUAGAAUACAAAACCUUGUUUAUUGUUUUUUACAGUUUCAUGUAAUUGUAUGUUUUUGGGUUUUUUACGUCUCAGGUAUGAUGCAUUGAUAAUAUACACAUGGGCACUGAUGCUGCUGUUGCCACAGUAUGUUGGUCAGUUCUGUAGUUUAGCAUUAAAGCAAGACUUUGUAGAGUGUUUAGGGGUAAAUCUAUGAAGACAUCAAAACCAACAUUGACAACAACUGUGUAUUAAUCCACAACUGAAAAUAGUCCACAACGAAUGGAGUAUUUACUCCUGUUUGAGAAACGUUGGCUCAGUAUAACAGUGCCCAGCUGUUUUAGGAAGGGACGGACUAGAGCAUUGUUGGUUUUGCUCUUUUCAUUCGAUUUAUUGACGAUAAGAAAAUGACAAGAACGCCAGCCUUAUCCUUUCAAACUCCUGCACACUGUUGUCAAAAAGUGUUUCAGUCGUAUAGCUUUAUUAGGCUUCAGAACAAAAAUUAGCUUCAUAAAGAUAAUGGCAGACUGAAAAAUGAGGUGAAACAAAAUGGUGAUUCAGUCUGAUUAUAAGGCAACUAUUUUCCCUCGUUUAUGACAAAAACAUUGCCGCUGCUUUAAUACACUUUGUGCUGACAGUGUUUGAGAGUUUACCGCAUUGUCAUGAGAUUUCUUUCUGCUACAUUAGACUUAUUACUUUUUUAGCAAUAGAAAUGUCGAGUGUUUAAAGAUAUUCUCUCUCUUUCUAUCAAUCUCACGCAAACCAAAGACUGAAGCAGCCCGAGCUUUCAUAUCCACCUAUUCUCUCUUACAACAAUACUGUAUUUCUUUCGCUGUACUGUAAAGAUCAUGCAUAAGUUCGGCUGUAAAGCGCAAGAGUAGUACCCAGACCCUGCAGAGCUUCUGUUGGAGGAAAAAAAAGUGCCUAUUACCAGCCAGUUAACAUUGAGUAAUUGCUGUCGACCUGACUUUCUGCUUCACUCAAUCUGAGAAGUGCUUGGGUCCAGGGAAAAGAAGCAAGCCUUAUACCUUCUCAGCUGAAUCAGGAUUUGGUGUUUAUGUCCCAGAGUCGGUCAGCAGGGAGUGAUGAGCGGUGCUGUGUGCGGUCUGCAGGGAGGAGAGGAUUCAUUCAAGUGAGAGUUUGUGCGAAGAGCGUAGCGUAGCGGCUCAGACAAAACAGCAGCUCUGCAGCUGGAAAACACCAAAUCUUAAUUUUCUUGUUUAUACCAAACUCUCAGCUGUGGAGAAUCUGAGGGCCUGGGAGUGUUUCACAGGGCUAUAGCGGGCCACUGCUAUUUAACAGGAAAGAAAUGGACUUAAAUGAAUACUUCACCCACAAAAUGAUCAUUUUGUAUUUAUUGAAUUUGUAGACAAAAAUCUGCAUGCCUCCAUAGUAAAAGGAGAAUCAAAAAUUUAGAAAUUUCCCAUAAAAUUGUUGUUGUGACACAAGUUAUUUUGUGGGUAAAGUAUUUCUUCAGUCCUAAUCUCAACCACAUGAACUGGAUAAACGUUUAAGCAUUUCAGCCACGGGUUUGCAAUUCUGGCCUGGUGUUUAAUAUUCAUUGUUUUGUUUUGUUUUUUAUAUAUCUAGAUUGUCAUAUCAUCAUUCCAUAUGAUUGCCUUAGCUGGCUGAGACUGAUCAUUGUUACUUUACUUGUUUUGUACAAAUUAUCAUUUUUUUGGAAAUAUGAAAUGACAUGCUGGACAUCUGUCUUGUGUGAUCCUCCCUGACAGCUCAUUCAGAGAAUUGCAUCAGCUGAAUUAAAAAAAUACAUAACCAA